AUGUCAGAAGAAGAACUUGAUGAUUUAUUUGGGGACGAAGAAGAAGAAUUCAACCAAAACUCUCAGGACGAGUUGGAACCAUCUACAAAUAUAAAUAAUGGCGGAGAAGAAGAAGAAGAUGACGGAGAGCUGCAACUAAGAAGAAGUGUCAAAAUUGGAGUUUCUGAUGAUGAAGGAGAGGAAAACGACGAAGAUGGCGAAGAAGAAGAAGAAGAAGAAGAAGAUUCAAGGCCAUUGACAACACUAGACAUCUCGUUACCAAGACACGCAAUUCCUGAUGUACCCGAGAACGACACAUAUUUACUUAAACUUCCAAUUUUUCUUCAAGUGGAGAACCAUCCGUUUGACCCAGCAGAGCUUAGAGAUAAGAUUCAAUCAGACGUGGACCUAAUCCGUUCGCGCACUGGAGCGGCCAAUGCCAAAGAUGCAGCCAAUGAGAUCUUGGUGACCAAGUUGCAGAAUGAGAACACUAUAAGAUGGAGAUACAGUAAUGUAGGUGAAGAAAUUGUCAAGCAAAGUAAUUGUCAUUUUGUUCAAUGGGACGACGGACUGAUAUCAUUAAAAUUGGGUGAUGAGUUCUUUGACUAUAAGACAUUACCUGUUUCAGAUCACUUUUUGGUAAAGACAUACGAUGACCUUGAGAUCUUACAAAUGGAUCUGCCUUUUACAAAGAUGGUAAAUUUGUUACCAUCUUCUACAUUUACCACUACUCAUCGUAACUUAACGAAUGCUAUAAAAUCCAGACAACAAAAACUGCGGAUAUUGUCAACAAUGACGAACGAUGACCCCAUGUUGAAGCAGAGAUUGGCCGAUGAAAACGAAAGGAAAUCCAUGAAGUUGAAGAGACAACUAGACAUGAAGAGAAGAUUACAACAGGAGAAAAAUGCUCGACAAAAUAGUCCCAGACCAGGCUCCUCUUCUUCAUCUGGAGCUGUGCCCACAUAUGAGAGAUUUGCCCGUACUUAUGAUGAAUAUGACGAAGACGAUGACUUUAUUGCCAACGAUGAAGAUGAAGAGGGCAUGUACGACGAAGAAGAAGAAGACCUACCUGAAGAGGAGGAUGACGAAAAUGAAGAAGAAGAGGAAAGACGUGCGGCUGAAAGAUUACGUCAAGUUAAAAGUGAAGGUGUUGCAAAAUACUCUAAAGAAAGUAAAAGGAGUUCUUCCUCUGUAGAAGCUGAAGAUAACGAUACAAGGAAGAAAAAGAGAAGAAUUAUCGAAGAUGACGAAGACGAUGAGUAG